CACGGAGUGGAAGCACGGAGAAACGCGUGAAGCAGCACACCGCAUCAAAAACACCGAGUCCUGCCGAGCUGCCAGGAUGACACAGUCCUUCAAAAGUUUGUCGCAGCGUUUCUAGUCACAGUUGGGAUUACUUUGGACACUUGGUGAGUUUGCGAUCCGCUGUAAACACUGACGUGUGCAUUUUUUCUUCUUUUUUUUUUUUUUGAUUGUUUUGCUUCGCUGCGUUGGACGGACGGAGUGGGUUUUUCGCCGCUUCCCCCCACUUAGGGUGGAUUUUGUGAGAAAUGAGUGAAAGGAGGCGAUCUGCCGCAGCUCUGAGCUCUAGAGCCCACGCUUUUUCCGUGGAAGCCCUGAUCGGCUCCAACAAGAAGAGGAAGCUCCGGGGCUGGGAGGAGAAGGAGCUGGAGUUGUCCAUGGAGAGCCUCGCCACGGACGGAGAGGAUCCGGCGCACUGUCUGGAUAUGGAUCCCGACUCAGAGGCGAGUCCCGGCUCGGACGGAGAAGGUCUAGCCGAGAGGACGUCGUGUUCUUUCGGCUCAUCUGCCGAUCUGGCCCCGGGCCCCUGCGACCCGUCUCCCCCUGCCUCCAUGGAUGAGAUUCAGGUGGAGCUGCAGUGCGCAGACCUGUGGAAGCGCUUCCACGACAUCGGCACGGAGAUGAUCAUCACCAAAGCGGGCAGGAGGAUGUUUCCAGCCAUGCGUGUAAAGAUAGCAGGUCUGGACCCUCAUCAGCAGUACUACAUUGCCAUGGACAUAGUGCCUGUGGACAACAAGAGAUACAGGUAUGUGUACCACAGCUCCAAGUGGAUGGUGGCGGGAAACGCAGACUCUCCGGUUCCUCCGCGGGUCUACAUCCACCCAGAUUCUUUGGCCUCAGGGGACACGUGGAUGAGGCAGGUGGUCAGCUUUGACAAGCUCAAACUCACCAACAACGAGCUGGAUGACCAGGGGCAUAUCAUCCUCCACUCCAUGCACAAGUAUCAGCCUCGCGUUCAUGUCAUCAGGAAGGACUUCAGCAGUGAACUGUCUCCAAACAAACCAGUGCCCAGUGGGGAAGGAGUUAAGACCUUCAGCUUCCCUGAGACAGUCUUUACCACCGUCACUGCUUAUCAGAACCAGCAGAUUACCAGACUAAAGAUUGACCGCAACCCAUUUGCCAAAGGUUUCAGAGACUCUGGAAGAAACAGGACUGGCCUUGAGGCGAUCAUGGAAACAUAUGCUUUCUGGAGACCUCCAGUGAGGACACUCACAUUUGAAGACUUUACAAAUAUGCAGAAACAGCAAGGUGGCAGCACAGGCACUUCACCUACCACCUCCAGCACAGGAACUCCAUCUCCCUCUAGUGCAGCACACCUCCUUUCUCCCUCCUGCUCCCCUCCAACCUUUCACUUGGCCCCUAACACCUUCAAUGUGGGCUGUAGGGAAAGUCAGCUUUGCAACCUGGGCCUGUCGGAGUACCCUGCCUGUGCUCGCAGCAACAUGGCGGCCCUACAGGGGUAUGGCGGCCUGGCUGAAAGUUCAUAUGGACGCCUCCAGGCUGCAGGGAGUGCUGUGGCCUCUGGUCAGCCCUCUGAAUCCUUUUUGCCACAGAGGACUUCCUCUUUGAUUGCUGCCGGCAUGCAGGGUGGCACUCACGCUUCCCUGACUGGCAGCGGCAGCGGCGGCGGCGGCGGGGGCAAAAUGGAUGGCUAUAGCAGUCAGCUCGGCUCAUUCCCAGCCUCUCAGCUUCAGUACGUGAUGCAGACUGGGGGAAGCUCCAGCUCAGCCUCGUCCUCUUCAUCCGGAUCCACCCCUUCCUCUGCCCACAUGUUUGGUGGAAGCCACCACCACGUGCAGCAGGGCUCCUACAACGCUUUCUCCCUCCACAACCCUUACAAUUUGUACGGAUAUAACUUCCCCACUUCUCCUCGCCUGGCCGCCAGCCCCGAGAAACCCCAGGGCGGUUUGCUCUGCUCGUCCACUCCUGCAGGGGCAUUCGCCGAGCGCCAGUACUUGUCCAACGGAAGCAUGGACACCAUGCACAUGAUCGGCAACACCACCGGUGGCCAGCAAAGCAGCAGCUCUUGUGACGGACGUCAGUAUGGCUCCUCGUCUCAGAUGUCCAUGCACAUGGUGUAGGAACUCAGACCCAACCUUGCAGGGCGCCAUGUUUUUAAUGUCUUCAAUAUGAAAAGUAAAUCUACGAACCGGGUUUGGUGUUAAGUUUGAACCAGUGUUUUCACAUGAAGGAUAGAUAUACUGAGGUACAAAGGAAGCUUUCAGCAAAGGAUGUCCUCUCAACAUUUUGUUUUUAAAGAUACUUACAGUGGAAGACAAAAAUAUUAUUUAAUUAUCUUUGUAUUAAUGAAGAACGGCAACUUGACAACAAUGAAACAACAACCUCAUUCAGAUCAGUGUUAUAAGAAGUGGCAGUGUACAGAAGGGAUUAUCAGUUGUGAGUGUCAUUGUGCAAUAGUAGCAUCAGGUUCUUCAAAAUGACUUGAUUUUUUGGGGACUCAAAUGUCAUCUGCUCUUCCUGCCAUUCUGUAACCAAAGAACCUUCUAUGUGAUGCAGAGGGUUUUUACUUCACUCAGCACUUGUGCCAUAUUAGCUUGGGAAUGCCAAAGUGUCAGUGGUUGCUGACAAAAUUCACAGUUUUUGGCUGGAAUGAAAGGGACAACUGGACCGGAUCACCGAAUAACUCGCUGCUCCACGUACACGCAGGAGAGAAACUGGUGGAUGCUGUGGCAGAUGGUGAAAACACACAAAUCUGGUAAUUGUUGCAAGAGUUCACUGAGGAACUUUUGCUUCAUCCUGAAAAUGCCAGCAUACAUGCACAUUUGAAAUCAGGACUUCACCACACAACUCAACCUUUUCUCCUCUAAGACUGGAUUGGCUAUUUUUUGAGUGGAUUCUGUUUUAAAUAUAUAUAUAAAUAUAUGUAUAAGAUGGCGAAUGCAAUCAAUAACAUAAGCUUAAAAAGUUGUUGUGUGACAUAAAGUAAGCAAUAGCAGCACAGAGUAAAGUAUGUUGUGAUGUGUAUUACAGAUGUGUAUUUAAGUGCUGAACAGUAUAGCAAUUUUACAGGCCAAUCUGUUAUUAAAAUGUGUGAAAAAGGGGAAAUAGCAAAGUAAUUCUUUUUUUUUUGUGAAACAUUUUAAAAAAAUGUAAAUACAAGUGCCAAGCACC